CAAGUGGCUUCGUUCCGCAGGUUUUUGGAGCAGUGCGAACAAUUGAUUCGAGUAUCGUAAUAGAGGUUUCGAUCAGUCCGAAAUUACUGCUUAUAAAUAUUGUUCAAUAUGACAUUUAUGUUACGAGCUUGUGUACUUACUCGAAAAGGACUUUUCUUUAAGAAUUUUAAGAAUUUGAAAUACUGUCUGACUUGUGCCGUACAUAAUGAUCGCAAUGUUGAGAAAUACACCUCGGCGCGUAAUGUACAAUUUCCCCAUAAUGCAAAUUCCAAUACUGAAAAUUGCGAAAAAGCUGUGGGAAGAAUCGAAAUCUAUUAUGGGCCUUUAACGAGACAAGUUAAAGUUCUCAAGCUCUUUACAUUACUGACCUCCUCAAGUUGCUUAGCGGUACAGCCGUUUCUUUACUUGAAAGCUACGGAUACUGAUAAUAUAGGAGUUCUUUUGGGAAUGUUUGCAUUUUUCGGGUUUUUGGCUAUAACUACUCCUCUGUUAAUACACUCAGUAACGAAAAAGUAUAUAACUCGCUUGUAUUACGAUGCGAAAGAAGACGUAUAUAUCGCGGAUACUUAUAAUUUGUUUGCCCGGACCAGCCAGCUCACUUUUACACCCAAAGAUGUAACAGUACCUGACGUAGCUGGGAUAUUUACAAAUUGCUCUAUAAAGAACAUGCCUUUCCUUUUAGACAAGAAGUUUUUCCACGACAACGAUCACUAUAUUCGUGUAAUGGGAUAUGAUAAACCAAUAGAUUUUAAAUUAAAUAAUGAUCUUAAUCGAAAAAUCACGAUAAACGCAAUAAACGCCAACUGUAAUAAAAAGGAUGAAAAUAAAAAGCUAUCGUAAGAUAA